GGAAAUGGGAAAAAUGGAAGAAAUGGGAAAAACUCUGGUCUUGGGGCAAUGCGAAACAACUUCUUUAAAACUUAAGAUUUUCAAAAUUUGAGUUCAUAUUCGUAUUCUCCAUCAAAUUUUGAGAAAAUUAGUUGGUAAUACGGUUCAAUUCGAACAAUCUCUAAAAUUAACAUGUAUUCAUAUGGGAAAAUUGGAAAAAUAAUUAAAACUGAUCAAAAGUGCCCGUAUUACAUAUCAGAAUUUUCAGAAAUUCGUGGAGAUCACGAAUAUGAAGUCCAAUUCCGGAAAUAUUGGUUAUUAAAGAAGUUAGCUUUCCCCAUAACUAAAUACAUGGGCAGCCAUAUUUCCCAUUUUGAACGGUAAAAACCGUUUUUCCCGGUUUUUACCACUUUUUCCCACCUGCCGUGGUAAAAAAUAGCUUUUGACGGGAAAAACAAAACCCUGAUACCGACUCCACAUGGAUCUGACGCCAGGAAAGAAGUCGGAGUAUUCAAAGUUCUCGAAAACGUAUAAAACGAAAAGAAACUUGCCUCAACACAUGGCGAUGACUGAUCCGAAUGCGAAGGUCAAAUGUGAGGUUUGCGGAAUACUUUACAAAAACCGAAACACUUUAUCUUCCCACGUGUCGAGAGAUCACACGAACCGGAUGCGACCAAGUUGUGUCACUUGUGACCGUGUGUUUUCUACCCUUCAAUCCUUUCGUAACCAUGUCGACACCAUUCACAGCACGAGGGAACGACCUCGCUUCUCAUGCACAUUUCCUGGCUGCGAGAAAAGCUAUCUACACACAGGCAACUUGGCGAAACACGUGAACACUGAACAUGCCGCGAAUCCUGUCCGAUUUCCGUGCACACUUUGCGGAAAGGACUUCAAAAGGAAGGCUCACCUGGAGAGUCACAUUCUCACCCACACGACGGAAAAGACGUAUAAUUGUUCCACUUGUGGGAAGAGUUUCGCCCACAGGGGACACAUAAAGAGUCACGAGAGGACACAUUUGGAGAAUUCUACCAAACGAGUGUUAAAGUGUCACCUCUGUCAGCAGACCUUCUCCCGGAAGGAUAGUCUAAAGCACCACGUCCGAGUUGUGCAUGAAAAUCAGAGGAAUUUUCCGUGCACAGUUUGUGACAUGAGAUUCUCCUAUUUAACUGGCUUGAAGCGUCACAUGGAGGCGAGACAUGGGACGAAUAAAGAGCGGAUCCAUUCCUGCGACAAGUGCGAGUACAGGAGCCACUCGAAACACAAUUUGGCCAAUCACAGAUUGCGCCACAGCGGGGCGAGGCAUGGGUGUGACUUCUGUGGGAAGAAAUUCCUCAUUUUUAGCGAAUUGGUUAACCAUUGUCGAGUUCAUACGUUAGAAAAUUCAAAAUACUUGUGUAUUUAGAUCCAUAAUUACGUAUGUACAUAUUUAUAUGUAUGAAAUGACAUCAAUAAUUUUCGAUUUUUUAUAACUUUAUAUGAAUUCAGUUGCGUUGU